AAUAAUAAUAAAUUGAUUUUUAUCACUAAAAUAAUGGAAAGAAAAAUAAAACGCAAUGAAAAGAAAAAUUCGAACAAAGCUGUAACAGUAAUGGCAUCACAAAAGAAACAUUGGUCAUUAGGUUUGUUAGAUUCCAUGAAUGAUCCGACUCUUAAAGUUAUCGAAGAUGAUAGCAUAGUCGUAAUUAAGGACAAAUAUCCAAAAGCUAAAUUUCAUUAUUUAGUAUUACCGAAGGAAAACAUUUCAACGAUAUGGAAAAUUACAAAGAAACAUGAAAAUCUUUUGUGUCAUAUGAACGAUGUUGCUGAUGAAUUGAUUAAAAAACAUUCGGAACAUGAAUUCAUUAUUGGAUAUCAUUCUAUGCCAAGUAUGCAAAGAAUGCAUUUACAUGUUAUUAGUACCGAUUUCAACAGUCCAUGUUUAAAAACUAAACAACAUUGGAAUAGUUUCACUACGCCAUUUUUCAUGCAUUCUAAAGAACUAUGUAAACAAUUGAAAGAAAACGGGGAAAUUAAAAAGAUAAGUUUGACACAAUCGAAACAGUAUUUAAAUAGCGAAUUAAAAUGUCACCGUUGUUCCAUGAAGCCUAAAAAUAUGCCAGAAUUAAAGAAACAUUUAAUCACGCACGUGUCGGAAAAGUAAAAAAUGAAUAUUUUGUUAUUUUUAUUCCAUCGUCCAACAAGUGACUGUUAUUUCAUCGAUCACAAAUUUUCAAUUCAUAUUAACUGAACUUUGUACGAAUCAAAUGGCAAUCAACAACAUUUCAAGAACUUGUUUACAACCAAUUAACGAUAUGUAGUAAUAUUUAUCAGUCAUAAAUGUAAAAAUAAAAACUUAAGUAAUGAAAUUGUAAAAAUAGAAUUUUAUCGUGAUAAAAAAAAAAAAAAAGAAAAAAAAAACGUUUCGAAGAUGUUUUUAAAAACCCUCCUUCUUUUAAUGAUUACGCAUAAAUAAUCUCUC